GGAAAGAUCAGGAUUCUAUGUGAUUCUCCUGAAACUCAUGCAACUGAGACAGCUCCUGUGAUCGCAAAAAUAAACCAACCAAGUGAACCUUCUAAUGCAAACAUGCUGCCUAAAAGGCAAAUCAAACAUGUAUUAUCUUCAAGAAAUAAUGGUGAAAGCUCAAGGGCCACUCCUAAUGACCCGGACAUUGUGUUUCUUUGUUCAUCUUUGGAAUCAUCUACUUCAAGGUCAUCUAGAAUUCAUAUUGCGGAACAUCCGGAUGUUAUGGAUCUUGACAACUCAUCUCGAAUGAGAGGGAUACAUGCCAAUCAUAUGGAUUCUAUGAAUGAUGAGGACACAGAAGCUAAUGCAAGACAAAUUGAAGCGGAUGAAAUGUUGGCCCGUGAACUCCAAGAACAAUUAUAUCAUGAGGUUGAUGAAAACAUUGCAUGGGCACUUCAGCAGGAAGAUGCAUUCCUUCCUACACCUUUUCGGGCUCUCCAUGAGCCAGAUCAUCAAGGCUCAACAAGGCAAUCUCGUAUUCAGCCUCCAUCUCGGAAUUUUCAGAAUUCUUCAAAUAGGAGAGGAGUGCAGACUCAUUUCCCCACUUCUGCUAGAGUUUCAAGGUUGAGGAAUCGAAUUUUGAAUCAAACUCGAGCAGCACCAUCCAGGACAAGGAAUUUUCAAUUCCCUUUAGACAUGGACUUGGAUAUGAGACUCGACAUUUUGGAAGCCAUGGAGGCUGCACUGGGAUGCUGAUGACAUGGGUAUGGCUAGUCG